AUGUACGUCUUCCGUCGUGAGGGCAUUUUUCACAUCGACGGCUUGGCCUGCCACCAUUCGGCUUCCUAUCCCACCGGUUUCGUCGGUGUAGCAGAUAACGACGACGCACUGGAUAUAUUCGCAUCUUUUGUCGCUGGCUUUACCAUACAAGACACCGAGGAAGACAACGCUGUUCUAGCAGACUGGCGAAAGCUAUGUCGUGAUCUUGCCCGCUGUGAUGACGGCCAUCCCGAAACCCUUCUAUUCUCCGCACCCGAAGUCAUGCUGGCUUUCAAUCACCACGCAGACAAAGUGAAGGAACUGGAGAUGCGUGUGGGUCCGAUACUAGAAGAGAACCCGGUGAAGAACCAGCAAGCUCGUCUACAACGCCCCUCCGCUAUCGUCAGGCCAGAUAAUAUUGAGAAGGUGUAA